AUGCUCGUCUCGCUCGCUGUGGCACAGCCCGUGCAAGCCGCCCUUGUACGGCCUCCUCUCCUUCACCACCGCAACAAUCGUCGCUUCCAUGGACUAUGUCGACGAAGUCUUCGGAGGGGUGGACUAUCUUUGAGAUCCUACGGUACAUGUGAGCAUAACUGGUCGGCGUACGAGGAGGCCCUCAAGGACAAUCCGGUUCUUGCCAAGAUGAUGGUCAGCGGCGGCUUCUACUCCCUCGGCGACUGGAUAGCCCAGGCAUUUGAAUACUUUGGUGAAAUGCCAAUUACUUCUCUGGUGCUCGAGCGCGAUGACAUGCCUACUGAGUUCCUAGCGCUCGCGAACGCCAGAGUUGGACGCGCCCAUGCAUGCAUUUUAGCUCCGAGGAUGGCAUCGAGAACGUACACACUCAGGUGCUCCUCAGCAGCAGUUGAUCCACGUGGGGUUCUAUUUGAGUUCCUCCGUCCCCUGGCAGCGAGGCAGCAGAUGAGGGUAUGGGAUGGAGGUGGCUCUAAUUUUGAGGCUGUGGUUUAUUGGGCUUAUAAUUUCGACAUGAUUAAUGAUAUGAAUCGUUUUUACAGAGGAAUUAGUUUACGUGAUACUGGUUCACUUGCUACAGCUGAAACAUAUUUUGAUGUUAUUGUUAUUGACUGGAGCACACUAAUCCUAAUCUAA